AAUACAAUAACAAAUUCUAACCACAAGCAGGUCGCUGAAAUGAAAUACAAAAAGGAAACACAAACACAUACUUUUAGCAAUCACAACAACAACUAGUAUACUCACCACUACUACUGCAAUACCCUUGGCGAAGAUCCAUUUCAGUUUUUGGAAUCCAAAUCAGGGAGAUGUCUACCGUCACAACACAAGCAUCACUUGCCGUCUUCCGGCCAUGCGCAUCAAAGUCACGGUUCCUCAGUGGCUCCUCUGGCAAGCUCACAAGAGAAGUCUCUGUUAAAACCGUAACUUCAACAUCGUCAAAGUCCUUCAAAAUUGAAGCUAAGAAGGGUCAGUGGUUGCCUGGUUUGGCCUCUCCCGGAUACCUUACUGGCAGUCUUCCUGGUGACAACGGAUUCGAUCCUCUUGGACUUGCUGAGGACCCCGAGAACUUGAAAUGGUUCGUUCAAGCCGAGCUCGUCAAUGGACGAUGGGCUAUGUUGGGUGUUGCAGGAAUGUUGUUACCAGAACUCUUCACAAAGAUUGGGAUCAUUAACGUUCCAGAAUGGUAUGACGCCGGGAAAGCUGAAUACUUCGCUUCAAACUCAACUCUCUUUGUGAUCGAAUUCAUCUUGUUCCACUACGUAGAAAUCAGAAGGUGGCAAGAUAUUAAGAACCCAGGAAGUGUUAACCAAGAUCCCAUCUUUAAGAGCUACAGUUUGCCUAAAGGUGAGGUUGGAUAUCCCGGUGGUAUCUUUAACCCACUCAACUUCUCCGCUACCGAAGAGGCCAAGGAGAAAGAAGUCGCCAACGGAAGAUUGGCAAUGUUGGCAUUCUUGGGAUUUGUUGUACAACACAAUGUGACUGGGAAAGGACCUUUAGAUAACCUAGGGCAACACCUUGCUGACCCAUGGCACAACACCAUCAUUCAGCUAUUCAAGUGAGCACGUAAUUCGUCGUAAAAUGGGGAUGAUUUUAUUUCUGCCUUUGUAACAAUUAUAUUCAGUAGUUUGGGUUUUGUAUGAAAUGAGCUUCAAUGUAGAAAAGUGAAAAGCAAAAGACCUCCAAUCAAUGUACAGGGGAACUAAGAUGUUAUUUUUUCUUAUCUUAUUAGUUCAAUCUAUUUUUACUAUCUA